AUGUAUGUUGUGCCUUCUUACGCGCAGAAUACUACUCAAAAUAAUGCUCGCGACUCAUUUCGGCGUGAUCUCGAGAGUAUUCGACGAGAUUUGAACGAUUUACGUAAUAGUACUAAUUCAACAUCAUGCUUGGUUUGUUCCCGUCGAGCAAUAACAUCACGAAUCAAACCAACGACUUGUCCUCACUAUCAUUCAGCUUACGAUCAACGUUUUGUGAAACCAACAAAACCGCACUUGGUUCCUAAUUAUAUCUUUCAUACACUGCCUGAAACAAAGUCAUCAUGGGAGUCUUCUUGGACUAAGAAUGAAAAUUAUCGUUUCAUGGAACCAACAAAGUCGUCGAUUGUUCCUAAUUAUAUCGUUCGUACACAGCCUGAAACAAGGUCAUCAUGGGAGUCUUCUUGGACUAAGAAUGACAACCAUUAUAACUAUCCGCAAAGACCAUGGACAAUAUCGAGAUAUGUCCCUUAG